AUGUCUUGUGUUGGAGGGUUAGACGAUAUUGAAGACAUUAUAAGUAAAGAUGACUUGACUCCAAAUGAUAGAAUUCCUGUUAAGAAAGAUGUUCUACCGAAAGCAAGAAAGGGGAAGCGUACUAAAUUAUUGGAUGAAAAACCAAUUUCAGAUAGCAUCAUACCUGGCACCCAAAAGAUAUAUGUGAAGACGUGGGGAUGUUCACAUAAUAAUAGUGAUAGUGAAUAUAUGGCUGGCCAGUUAGCUGCUUAUGGUUAUAAAAUAAUAGGUUAGUAUCACUGGGUCAUGUGGCUUCCUAAUAUAUACUGAAACCUUUAAUAGAUAGAGCCUCAGAUAGAGCUAUCCAUAUUGUUAAUAUUAAGAUGUGACACCCUUGACCCAUUAAGUUGCAUUGUAUGCUAGUUUGUUAUUUUAAUCUGUCUAAUCCAGACAAUUUUACUUGUCAAGACGAGAGCGCAGGUACUCAGCGGAUCCUCAUCACAAAUUCGAUACAGAUGUCCGACUCGAUCCGCUGAAGUACGGCCCGUAUUGACUCACAUAUAGUGUAUUCUCAAUCACAAAGCAAUCACCGUGUUCCUAGCUAGUAGUGGACUUACAAAAGGCACUCACCCCCUGAACACCUAGCUUCACAGUCUCUCCUGAGCACACUGGCUAGAAACAUGGUGAGUGCUUUGUGAUUAUGAAUACAUGACAUGACGUACGGUAGCCUGUGUUCCAGUCCACUGUGUAGUGGACUGGAACACAGGCUAGACGUACGGCAGUUAUGCUAACAUUAAAGCUGCUGUGUGGUCUCAUGAAUCAUGAGUGAACAACCUUUUCAUGUUGAUUCAUGAGAGUGAAACUUCCCAAGCAUUUGUGACGUAAAUAUUGCAUAAAGCUGUAUUUAUUUACUUUUAAUGAAUUUUUAUAGACAAUCCAGAUCACGCUGAUCUUUGGUUGCUAAACAGUUGUACUGUAAAGAAUCCUUCAGAAGACAAUUUUAGAAAUAGCAUCAAAAAAGCAAAAGAGAGUGAUAAACAUUUAAUUUUAGCUGGUUGUGUUGGACAAGGACAGCCUGGACAUGAAACAUUACGUGGUCUUAGUAUCAUUGGGGUAUGUAUGUGUCAACACCAUACAAGAUGUUGUAGGACUACAGUAAGGGGUUACUCCUCACCCUCAUGACCAGGGCUGUGACCAUGCAGGCCUCAUGACCGAGAGGUUGUACGUGUGGGCUUGGGGGGGACUUUCCCAUGGGCUCCUAUAUAUAUUCUCAGUUAAGUAAUCUUGUACAGUAUCAAGAAAAUUUAAAUGACUUCGUUGAUUUGGGGGGGGGGGGCUUUUGAGCUCUGGGCGGGGAAGGCAAAAUUAUGUUUUAAUUUUUAAGAAGUAAAGUUUUAAAAAGUAAAAUCUGUAAAAUUUGAUUUUUGUAUUAGGUGCAACAAAUUGACAGAAUUGUAGAAGCAGUAGAAGAGACUUUGAAAGGUAGGGUGAUUUGAAAACUUGACGAAACACCUAACAAAUGUAUCUCACUCAAUUUAUAUGAUUCACUGGAUCAUUGACCUUACAAUAAGUGCGGGUUGCAAGAGAUACAACGACCUGAAAAAUACAAGCAGAAUGUCUGAAGUUCUCCGUAUUAUAUUAUAAAUAUGAAUUUAUGCUCAAUCCUAGGUCACACUGUUCGGAUAUUGGGUCAGAAAAAAGAAAAUGGGCGGAAGAUUGGAGGUGCAAAGUUAGACUUGCCAAAAAUACGUAAAAAUCCACUCAUUGAAAUCAUUGCUAUCAGCACUGGGUGAGUGUGUAGAUUUAUAGAACUUUUUAUUUUAUAACUUUAAUAAUAAUAAUUUCAAUCCACACUACAGAAUGACAGAAGAACAUAAGACAAACUUGGACCCAGUCCCUAUAUUUAUACAAUGAUGCUUUACACAUAUUUAACGUGUGUAUUAAAUUAUAUUGAUGCCACUCUUGAGUAGCCCCACACAAGGCAAGAUGGGAAUCAACCUGUGACAUUUGGUGUAGUUUUAGAAUGAAAUUCUUUGUACCUUUUCAGAUGUUUAAAUCAAUGUACAUACUGUAAAACGAAACAUGCGAGGGGUGAAUUGGGAAGCUAUCCUCCUGAGGAAAUUGUUGCUCGAGCUAAACAAGCAUUCCAAGGUAGAUGAAAAUAACUCUAAUCCUUGUCAUGUCAGGAUGACAACUCUCUUACAUAUCUCUUUCAGAGGGUGUGGUUGAAAUUUGGUUGACAAGUGAAGACACAGGAGCUUAUGGUCGAGAUAUUGGUUCAUCAUUACCUGAGUUGCUAUGGCAACUUAUUGAAGUGAUUCCUGAAGGAGCAAUGUUAAGAUUAGGCAUGACUAAUCCUCCUUACAUCCUUGAACACCUCGAGGUACAACAGAGAUGUUUAGUAAUAAAAUUUGUUAAAUCUUCCUGUCAUUCAUCAAGAGCUAUAAUCUAUUACAGGACUUGAUAUAUUUAAGCUUAUCUAGGUUUUCUCAGACGUUCCCACAAACCAACAUCUUCAGCAGCACUUGAAAUUGUCAGUUAUUUCAUUCUGCGCAUUUGUAUGUACAUAUUGAGCAACUAAUUACCACCAUUUACCAUGAUUUUUAUAUGUUCCAAGUCUUUCCUCCACUUUCCAAAUUUUUCACAACCAUUCUUUUCACAACUGACCUCUUUCUCCUUUCAUCAUAAGGAAUUCACUCCAUCACGAUUUUUUGGUCACUCGAUCUUUCUGAAGACAUUCUGACGAUGCGGCCAAACCAAGUUGAGCACGCGAGCAUCGCACGCAGGAAUGUUUUAUUUUUUAUCUUCAUGCAAACAGGAAAUGAUUUUUUCCACCCCUGCCUUCUGACAAAAGAACAUGACUUUCAAUUCCUCUUGUCCUUUUCAAAAUAUUCUCAUACAUCAUUCUACUUUAGGAAAUGGCAAAGAUAAUGAAUAAUCCGAGGAUGUAUUCUUUCCUACAUUGUCCAGUCCAAAGUGGUUCUGACAGUGUUCUAGCUGACAUGAAACGUGAAUAUUGUAUAGAUGAUUUUAAACGUGUUGUUCAAUAUCUUAAAGAAAGGUACAAUUAUCUUUCGUACAAAGUAUUUCAAUAUAAUCUUCUAUUUCAUUAUACCAGAUCCAUUUAUAGUCGUUGGUGAUAUUAUAUAAUAUAUUUGAUAGGGUACCCCAUAUUACAGUGGCGACUGAUGUCAUCUGUGGUUUUCCCACCGAAACUGAACAGGUACUGGUGUAAUUUCAAGUCUUGCCGAAUGUUACGACGAAUAUGUUUGUGGAGGGAUUGUGAUAAAUAUGUUCAUCGCUGUGUUUUAGGAUUUUGAAGAAACUAUGAAGAUUGUUGAACUAUUUAAAUUCCCAAGUUUAUUUAUCAAUCAAUUUUAUCCACGACCUGGUACGCCUGCUGCUCGCAUGAAAAGAAUUGACACUGCCAUCGUAAGUAUUUGGUCGCUUUGUUAUGCAGAAAACAUACAGAAAAUAAAGUGUACAAAUUCUAUAAACAUGGACAAAAAUAUAGGAUUGUGACUUUGAUGAACCCUUCUACUAAACCUUGUUUAAUUUCUAGUCAAGCAUGUGUUCUUAUUUUUCAUUGUUGAUUCCAUUAACUUUAUUUUUAGGUAAAGGGGCGUACACGGCGAAUUACAAAACUAUUUAAUACUUAUCAACCUUACGACCACAAGGUACAGUACUGUUCUCACGUAUAGGUAAAUAUUCAAGAUUUUGGGCAUGUCGCUCGAACAGAAUGUUGAAUGGUUUUUGUUGAAGGAAAUUCAGACCUGACCGAGCUGCGAAAUAUGUUUGUAAUUCGUUCGAAGUUUUCAUCAACAAAACCUCUUCAAAAAAACAGUGAGCUUUCUUAAAACUCUGAGUAUGACAUUAGGGCUCAAGUUACAUUUCUGUUGCUUUUUUUAUAACCAGAAGUGAAUUUCUGGGCGACAUUCCUAGAAUGUUAAAGUGGAAAUUAUUAAAUGUUUUAGUUGGGUGAAAAGCAGAAAGUGUUGAUCACAGAAGAAUCUCAUGAUGGUGUUCAUUACGUGGCUCAUAAUAAGAGUUAUGAUCAGGUAAUACUUUGGGUUAUCCAGGUACGGCAUUGGAGAACCGGAACACCUCAUGGUGGACAUCCUGGCGGCCAGACAAAACAUGGCGGAGAACAACUGAAAAAGAACUGGGGACUUGAAACAAAUAGAACCAAGUAGAGAUCCCUUGUGCCGUUCAACAGACCAACUGCAUGGUUAAUAAACUUUAAGCAUUUUAGGGCUCGAACUUCAGGCGAUGUUACACGGAACGAUUUUCAAUGACGAUUCGCAACGCGACCAAUCAAAUUUCAUCUAACUUCAUUUGCAUUGUGACUAUUUGUUGAAAGUGUUUCAGUCAUGUAAUAUACCCCACAUUCAACAAGCUUUCCUCGCAGGCUUCCUUACGCCAGUGUUCUUCUCUUCAAACGAAGGAUCUUCGCUCGCUAUAUUUUGGACAACUUUAUCUUUGCAGGUGUUAGUUCGUAAAGACGAAGGUGAACUAAUGGGCAAGAUGGUGGAGGUUGUUAUUACAGAAACUGGAAAACAUUUUCUUAAAGGAAAAGUUCUGAAGGAUAAUCCUGUACACACACCAAGUAUUGCACCACCUUUGGCUAAAGGGGUUGUAAGUGGUGUCAAACAGGUAUGUUCCGAGUAAUUGAUAUGCAGUUGAUCACUCAAAUAAUCCGUAAUAAAUCAAUUUCAGAGUGGAUUUUAUAAAAAAUGAUAUACCUGGGCAAACGUGCGUGUUGCAUGCCAAGAAAAACGACAAUAUCGCCCCACAAACAGGGAAAAGAAUAGAUAGUCUUACAUUUACAAAAUGAUCAAUUGAGUUGCACCACAAAGUGCUUACACUAGUUCAAGACAUAAGGAUAAAGCAUGCCAAAACUCAAGCAAACCCGGAAAUAGAUCUACCCUCCAUAUUGUAUUAUUGCCAAUAAUAUUGGAGUUCUUCAAAGAUUUGUGAAUUGUGCACAAAAUGAACCCUGCCGAAAUAAAAUAAGUUCAUUAAUUAUUUGAAUGGUUAUAAGGAGCUUAAGACUUUACAAUAAAAAAGAUGAGAAAUGAGAAAUUGAGCUGAUCUUUCAAAAAGCUAUGACCUAUGGCUAUGUGAGGGUGAUCACACAUUGACAGACUCCUACCCAGGUUUGGCAUGGUAAGAUGUGUUUACUGUUUACUGUUUACUGUGUCUUUGACUUUCUUUGAAUGCUUUCUAUAGGUGUCCAAACCAUUCUCAACCACUACUCUCAAAUCUAACGUGGAGUUCUGGAUUAAAACCGCUCUCCUUGUUUUAUUCAUGGCCGUUAUUUUUGACGUCAUACGAGUAGGAAGACAUUGGCUUCAAACUUGA